AUGGCAGUCAUUGCAGUUGCCGGAGGCACCGGAAACGUGGGCCGAACUUUGGUCGAGGCAAUCGUGGCCACUGGCAAGCAUGAGGUCAAAAUUCUCGCAAGAAAGGCAAACCCCGAGUUGGAAAAGAAACUCGGAGCUUCGAUCGUCGUAGUUGACUACGCCGAUGUAGGAGCCACUACCAAGAUUUUGGAGGAGCACAAUAUCCAUACGGUCAUUUCAGCUAUCAACAUGAUGCCGCCACCAGGAGAGACUCCCCUUGAGUUUGAGCUAAUUCGCGCCGCCGACGUAUCAGCAUCGACCAAGAGAAUGAUUUCUAGCGGAUGGGGCGUCCCUCACAACGAGAGUCAAGGCAGCCAACUGGGUUCUGUGCCCAACAAACUUCGCGCCGCCGCUCUCUUGAAAGAGACCAAGGAUCUCGAGUACACCGUCGUCCACAACGGCUUCUUCCUUGACUACUGGGCGACACCCAUUGUUCCCUCGUAUAUGAGCCCUUUUACACUCUUUAUCGAUAUUCCAGGCAAUGCCGCAGCUAUCCCGGGCUCGGGAAACACGCCUUCAGCCUUCACUCACACCAAAGAUGUGGGGAAGUUUGUAGCGGCUGCACUGGACUUGGACAAGUGGGAGCCUGACACUUUCAUCGUUGGCGACAAGGUUACUUUCAACCAGUUUGUUCAGCUUGCGGAAGCUGCCAAAGGCACCAAAUUCAACGUUGCGUAUGACAGCGUUGAGAAACUCAAGACUGGCCAGACGACAGAACUUCCCAGCCAAGUGCCCGCAUAUCAAUUCUUUCCCAAAGAAGCAUACCAGGGCAUGGCCUCGGUAUUCGGUCUCUGGUUUGAAAAUGGAAGCUUCGAUAUCCCCCCGGCUGGAAAGAGAACACUUAACCAGAUCUUCCCUGACAUUAAGGCUUGGACUGUGAAGGAAAUCCUGGAAACUGCUUGGAAGGCUUGA